AUGGACUACUACAGCGACCUCGAAGUGCGAACCGAUCCUCAGCAUGACCCUGAGCAAAGGCAAUACGCAGGGACAGCGCCGCUGGCGCAGGAGCAAAAAGCGAUUAUGCCGGACGAGGAUCUUCGUGCAAGUGCCCCAAAAAUAUACGUGCCGGAUCCAACGCGAGCCCCGGAGCCUGUGUAUCCUGAUCAACACUUGGAUGAAAGCGGGCAUAUUUAUAAAGAAGUUGCGCCGGGGGAAGAAAGAGUGACAUCCGAGACUGGCAUCCUCAAGCGAAAAGUCUGGGGUUUGCCGCGGCGCAGAUUCUUUACAAUUCUAGCAGUCGUGUGUUUUGCUAUCCUUGGCAUCGUCGCUGGUGUGGUCGGCGGCGUGCUAUCUCGUCGGCAUCAGUCGUCUGACAAACCGCCGUCGGAGACGCCAACCACCGCGUCAAACAGUUCCGCGUCGGCCCAGGCCAUCAACGUGAUGGACAUCUCUUCGCUGGCCGCGGCGAAUUGGACAGAUGCACAUGGCAUCACGCAUCGGUCUGUCUUCUUCCAAGAUCCGUUUAAUGCUGUUAUCACACGACGCUGGGACGCAGUAAAUCAAACAUGGGCGACUGACAACCUGACGGAUAUUAUUUCACGCAGAUCGACCUUGCUGUUCCCGGCGCCAGGCACGCCUCUAACGGUCGCAGCUCUCGAUCGGCCGAAUAAUUAUAGCAUGCCAGAAUCGAUGCAUCUAUAUUUCGGAACUCCGGAUAACCAGGUAAUGGAUGUGGUAACAGAAGAUCCUCUAGGAGACCCGAGCAAUUGGUACAACGGGCCCUACGUGGGAAAAGCCAAAGUAUCGUUCCUGCCCGGGUCGCGGAUGGCGGCGAUUUGGCGGCGCUCUGCCAACGGCUCCAACGGCGAUUAUGGCAUCGCGUAUCAGGCAAACGACGGAAUCCGCGUCCUGAACAGCACAGACUGGUAUCAUGGCCAUCUCGCGCUCUCACGUGGACAAGUUCUCGGCAACGCCACAUUGACGUUCCUGCCGCAGUACUACAUGGACAACCUUGUUGGGCUCAGUCUCAUUAGCCAAACGUUCAAGAGCGAAGCGCCGGCGGGCGUGAUCUCAGUGACGACCUACAACAAGACGUGGUCCUUGGAAACAACCGAGAUUAUAGACGAACUGGAGGGAGAUCGCAACGAUCAAAAAGUCAUAGCUACCAAGUGGGGAAGCUGGUCCAGGAACCUAUGCUACGUCUUGAACAAGGACGGGGCGAUGAAGGGAGCCUGGUGGGACGGCAUGAAGAAUGCGACCGUCCAUAAGUUGCCUUCUAUCACGAUUGAGGGCGGUCCGGCUACAACUAACUUCUCUGCCGUUGCCUUUACGCUGGAUGCCACGUUUUACGGCAUCACGGGCGAUGAGAUACACGAAUAUUCGGUCGACAGCUCGAACGCGGCGUUAUUACAUCAUACGGGGAGAGUGUAUCCACAGUGA